AUGCCCAAGUCAGCGUUAGUAGUCUGGUCGCACCCAACACCUCCGUUGGACUACCGUGGGUCCGGAUGCACUACUAACAUCGCGCUACCUGCUCAGCCAGCGCUAUCUGCUCAGCCAGGUCUCUACGAGGAGAUCCGUCAGUGCCGUGAGGCCUGUGGAGAAGCUCAUAUGAAAACAAUCUUGGCAACGGGUGAACUGGGGUCCCUUGCUAAUGUCUACAAAGCCAGUAUGAUAGCUAUGAUGGCAGGUUCUGAUUUUAUAAAGACGUCUACAGGAAAGGAAGUGGAAAACGCAACCUUUCCGGUCGGAGUAGUCAUGAUGCGAGCCAUUAGAGAAUUCUACUGGCAAACUGGCAACAAGGUUGGAUUUAAACCUGCUGGGGGCAUUCGGACAGCAAGAGAAGCUAUUACUUGGCUUAUGCUGGUGAAGGAGGAACUGGGAGUGGAAUGGCUAACACCAGAGCUCUUCCGCCUGGGUGCCAGUAGUUUGUUGGAAGACAUUGAGAAACAGAUUUUCUAUCAUGUGACUGGCUCUUAUGCACUUCAGCAUGACCUGGCAAUGGCUUAGACAAAAAAUCAACUCAGGAUUACUUUUACAAAAGAGAUCUUUAAGCAAACAGCAUUCAGAAGUCUUCUGACAACCAAGCACAUAUGAUGGAAUUAAAGGCCUAAUUCUCCCUUCUUCAUAUUUUAUAGUAUUUAAAAAUAUGC